AAGCAUUCGGAGAUUGGCAUAGAUAACACGUUGCAUGUCGAGAAUAAAGCCGGAUUCAAUCGUCCUUUUGUAUUCUUUCUUGGGUUUUUAGAAAGGGUUAAUUGUUUCCUCUGAUGGGAAAUUUCUGUGCUCGGUGCAAGAUUGAUGGCAAUUUGAAUCCACACCCAUGUUCUGAAGUUCCCAAUAGAAGCACCCAGUUGUUUGUUCAUUCAAAUCCAAACGGGUAUGGAUACAUUGAUGGAGGGAAACCUGAGAUUCUCCCUACUCCAAGAUCUGAAGGGGACAUACUUUCAUCCCCACAUUUAAAACCCUUCACAUUAUAUGAUCUUAAGAAGGCCACAGGAAAUUUUCAGCCUUAUAAUCUUAUUGGAGAAGGAGGAUUCGGAAAUGUUUAUAAGGGGAGAAUUAACGAAACUAAAUCCCACGGGGGUACAAUUUCUGGAUCUGGAAGAGAUGUAGCCGUUAAGAAGCUUAAGCCUGAAGGCUUUCAAGGGCACAAGGAGUGGCUGUCUGAAGUGAAUCAUCUUGGCCAACUUCACCACCAGAAUCUCGUCAAACUUAUUGGAUACUGCCUGGAAGGAGAUAACCGACUUCUAGUGUACGAGUACAUGCCCAACGGAUGCUUGGAAGAUCAUAUAUUUCGCAAGGGCACACAACCACUUCCCUGGGCUACAAGAAUCAAGAUUGCCACAGGUGCUGCUCGAGGUCUUUCCUUCCUACAUGACUCUAAGCAACAAAUUAUCUACCGUGAUUUCAAGGCUUCUAACAUUUUGAUAGAUUCGGAAUUUAAUGCAAAACUGUCGGACUUUGGAUUGGCCAAAGCAGGGCCCACUGGUGAUCAUUCUUAUGUUUCCACCCAAGUUCUGGGCACUCACGGCUAUGCUGCUCCUGAAUAUAUUGCUACAGGUCGGUUGACAUCAAGGUGUGAUGUGUAUAGCUUUGGGGUUGUGCUAUUGGAACUACUAUCAGGGCGCCAUGCUAUUGAUAACACAAAAUCUGGAGUGGAACGUAAUCUGGUAGAAUGGGCAAGACCCUAUUUGGGUGAAAGGAGGAAGUUGUUCCGGAUUAUGGAUACCAGGUUAGAAGGGCAAUACCCGCAGAAGGCAGCUUAUACAGUUGCAAUAAUUGCGUUACAGUGUAUUUCUGAUGCCAAGACUAGGCCACAAAUGUCUGAGGUUUUGUCUGCCUUGGAACACUUACCAGCCACUAGACGUUCAGCUAGGUCUCCCCAGGCUUCACAAUCUGUGUUGGAAAGUAAGGGUGAUUCACAGAAUCUGGGAAACCCUGUGUCUCCAAGGCAAUGCCAGCAAACUUGUGGUAUAUGGCCCCAUCCUUGCCUUUGGUACCCUUUAACUGGCCACUAGUAUAAAACUGCAUACCAAGUUGGUUUGACCACAACUCCAUUUUCCUCCCAGAGACUGGGUCCCUCACUACCGCAG